CCUGACUGGUAUAUCAUGCGGAGUCUUUUGUUAGGAUUUCAAGUCACCACCAAGCACACAAGCGCUACACCAAAUAUGGCUGCUAUUGCUUCAGCUCCUGGUCAAGUCGAGUCCGUACAAUGUUUCGGCCGCAAAAAGACGGCCGUUGCCGUGACCUACUGCAAGCGCGGGCGCGGUUUGAUCAAGAUUAACGGCUGCCCUAUUGAGUUGGUGGAGCCGGAGAUCCUCCGAUUCAAGGCGUACGAGCCUAUCCUAUUGCUUGGACGACAUCGUUUCGCGGGAGUUGACAUGCGUAUCAGAGUGAAAGGAGGAGGACACACUUCUCAGAUCUACGCAAUCCGUCAGAGCAUCGCAAAGGCAUUGGUAGCGUUUUACCAGAAGUUCGUGGACGAGCAGAGCAAGAAGGAGAUUAAGGAUAUUCUAGUUAGGUAUGAUAGGACUUUGCUUGUUGCUGAUCCAAGGCGCUGUGAGCCUAAGAAGUUUGGAGGACGUGGUGCCAGAGCUAGGUUCCAGAAAUCUUAUCGUUGAAGAAGAUACACUAGAGCGAGAGGUUUAUGUUGCUUUUUUUUUUUUUUUUUGCGCUUUACUUUAAAGAAUUAUCAUGUCUAAGCUUAUUGGGAUUUUGACGGAUUAUUUUUCUUAAGGCUCUUUCAACUAUGUUUAAUGCUUCAGAUAUUUUCUCA